AUGCAUCGCCAAUCGAUCAGCCUACCGGCCCCACCAAGCUCCACCUGUCAACCAAAAACAUCGAGCACCAUCCGCUUUCCUCCAGCGGCGAUUUCCUCCCAGAAGCAGAUCGCCAGUGAAAGCUUCAUCCCGCAAGCUCCGCAUGCGAGGUUCAAUACCCUCGCCUCGAGUCGCCUGGCUUCUCAGCCCGACUCCAUUAUAGCGGCAAGCUCCGCAUGCGAGGUUCAAUACCCUCGCCUCGAGUCGCCUGGCUUCUCAGCCCGACUCCAUUAUAGCGGCAAGCUCCGCAUGCGAGGUUCAGUACCCUCGCCUCGAGUCGCCUGGCUCCCCAUCCCGGUUCCACUAAAGCAGCAUGCUCCAUCGACGAGGCUCAAAGGCUUGCAACCUUUAGCUAUAUGA